AUGCCUGCCCUUUUGCGUCCGACCAGUCAAACAUCCGAUUUUGCUCUUUUUCUCGCCACCGACCGGUAAGCAAACACUACCAAAAACACAGGCAACAAGGUGCGCCAAUUGGUUAAAGUGAGCGAGCUUUAAGCACCUUCGUUUUGGCAAAUAAUGAAAGUCUUUGAGCGGAUUAGUCGCUAAAACAUAUUUCUGACGCAGUUUAGGGGAAGCUUUAGGUUGAAAUUAGCGGGUUAGAAAUUUUACGGCCAAAUUGACAGUCAAUGUUGAUGAAAUUUCAAAUUUGGAAGGGAUUUAGAAAUGAUUGUUUAGCCAGACUGUGUGAAAAAUUAUAAAAAAUCGUGAGGUUAAUGGUACAAUUAAGGCUAGGGCUAAGGCUUAGGUUACAUGCGAGGCUAAAGCUCAGGCUCAGGCUUGAACCGAGGCUAAGGUUGAGGCUUAGUUUAAAAUUCAGUCUUAAACUUGGACUCAAGUUUAGGUUUCAGGCUCAAGCGCAGGUUCAGGUUCAGGCUCAAACUCAGUCUCAAACUCAGGCUCAGGCUCAGGUUCAAGCUCAAGCUCAAGCUCAAGCUCAAGCUCAAGCUCAAGCUCAAGCUCAAGCUCAAGCUCAAGCUCAGGCUCAGGCUGAAGCUGAAGCUGAAGCUCAGGCUCAGGCUCAGGCUCAGGCUCAGGCUCAAGCUCAAGCUCAAGCUCACGCUCACGCUCUAGCUCUGGUUCUGCAUCUGGCUCUGGCUCUGGCUGUGGCUUUGGCUUUGGCUCUGGCUCUGGCUCUGGCUCUGGCUCUGGCUCUGGCUUUGGCUUUGGCUCUGGCUCUGGCUCUGGCUCUGGCUCUGGCUCUGGCUCUGGCUCUGGCUCUGGCUCUGGCUCUGUCUCUGUCUCUGGCUCUGGCUUUGGCUCUGACUCAGGCUCAUGCUCAGGCUUAA